AGCCCAAUCCUCGAUUAUUGACAGUGUCAGUCGCAUCUUAGUUGUGUCUCGAAUACAAAGUUAUAUUUAUACAAACAAUUAAUUGAUUAAUCAACAUUCAUCAUGUUAUUUGUAAGAAUUGUUGGAAUUCUAUUUUUAUGUUCUCUAGCAGGCACAGAUAUGAUAACUCUAAAGCCGUUUCUUAAGAGUCGCUACAGUCUUAGGGAACGACGUGCUAAGAGUACCACCCGAGCUCCACUUAACAAAUUAAACGAAACAAACUUGAAUUUUUCAACUACUGAAGCUGUAACUCCAAGUAUUUCAACCCAAGCACCUACUCAGAUUUUUGAAACAACUACGAGUAUAAAAGCCUUCACUGGAAAUCAACAGCAAGAGGAUUCUUAUUAUCAAAGUACUACAGAGAAUCCAAGUCCUUCAACACCAUCAAUUACAACAGCAUCACCAGUAGCAGUGGAAGCAGUAGAAUUGACCACAGCGCCAUCUUUGGAUACUAUUUUUACCACAUCCGCAUUGAGGGAAGUGGUAUUUUUGGGUAAUGAAGUUACUGAAAAGAUCUUUGUAGCCGAACCAUCAACAACCACUAAAAAAAUAGAAACAACAACUCAAACGGAAUGGCUCUAUGAUUACUAUGCAUCGGAUGACGAAAAUCCAAAAAGAGAACCAAGUGCCUAAUUUAUUUCGAUUCUGUGUUAAAAUUGGUAAAAUGUCAGUGUCAAAUUUCUACCUAAAUGUGUAUUAAUCAAAACUAAAUAUUUUAAGAUUCUUAAAAA